CUUGAAAACAACCAGAGCAAAGAGUGCGCGGUGCGAGUGGCCAGCAGCGAUGGCUACGCGCGGCGAGCUGGACCCGGUGGAAGGUGGCGAGGAAGACGUGGAUGAUGCGCAGGUGGAAGUCGAGCUACAUGCCCGUGGAGGCGACACUGCCACAGGGUUCAGUCCUCUUGAAGACUUGGAAACUUUGGGGAGCCGCAGCAGCGCAGCAAUCGCACACUCGGGAGUAGUAGGUGGCAUGUUGGGCGGGCGGGGUGGGGGUGGGGGCAGACACGCGCGCCUGGAAACGGAGUCGGAGAGGUUGGCCAGACGAAGCCAGCGGAUGCUGUUCUGGGCUCUUUCUGCGGUGGCCGGGCUGCUGGCUAUUCUGGUUGGCCUGGUCGCCGUGGCCGUCCGCGAAGGAAUUUACGUCGGCGACGGUGGCGGCGGUCGCCAGACCUACGACGAACAGCAGCAGCAGGAAGGGAGCGUCGCCGGCGACGGCAGCGGCGGCAGGGAAGUGAGCAGGAUAGCCUUCGGGUCGUGCACACAGGUCGAGGGGCAUCCAGGACGAUCCGGGGCAGCCUAUCUGGACCCAAGCCAUCAUUCCCGCGGAACCGGACGCCUGGAUCUGGACCGGGGAUAUGGCGUACCUCGACAACCCGGCAAGUUGACCGUCAACUGCGAUCGUCUGCCUGAGGACCCGGAUUGCGUCUGCCGUGAUACCUACAUGAGGGUCGAGCCGUGGUGCGCGGCAGGCGACCCCGACCAUGGGCUGAGAAAGUUUCAGACGAUGAUCCGCAAUCCGGAGUACAACCAGUUCCUCGAUUUCAUGUGCCCCGCGGCAAGAGGGCUAGCCAUGACCCCUCCCCCCGGCACGGACAGCGCAAUCUGCCCGAGGACGAUUCUGGGCACCUGGGACGACCACGACUACGGGUGGAACGACGGCGACAGUCGCAACGAGCAGAAAUGGCUCUUCAAAAACAUGUUCUUGGACGCCAUAGGGGAGGACAGGAACAGUCCCCGCAGGAACGCCCACCAGGGCAUGUGGCACAAGCACGUCCUCAACAGCGGCACCGACAGAGAGAUCGAGGUUUUCCUCUUGGACGAGCGUUACGACCGCGACACGAAGCCGUGCUACCUGAGGCGGAGCUACUGCGAAAAGAUUCUGGAAGACAUGGACGCCGGAGGGAACACUACCUCUUAUACCGUGUGGUGCGUCGACUUCCUCAGGGGAGGGCACGGGGGGAACGGCUCCUGCUGCCAGCACGACGAGAAGAUAUUCUUCGGCUGGUGCCUGGAGCCCUCGAGCAGGGACAGCCCCUUCUGGGAGGAGGCGUGCGACUCGUCCUCCCGGGAGUUCGGCAAGAGGUGGCUGGUUUUCGACGAGGGGACUGGGGACCUACGGCAUCCGGACGGGACCGAGGAGGUCGAUUCCCAGGACUCGCCUUUCUGCGAGGUGCUGGGGAGAGAGCAGCGGGCCUGGCUCCAGAGGGAGCUCGACCAAUCAACGGCCUCCCUGCGGCUCAUCGUCUCCGGGUCGGUCGUGCUCGGAAGGCCGGGCAACAACAGCCACAUCUGCGAGGACGGAGAGCCCUGCCAGUGUAGCAACGACGACUGGGACUGCUACCGCCCGGCGCAGCAGAAUCUCCUGAGCCAGGUUUCGAAGGCCCCCGGCUGCUCGGUGAUUCUCACGGGCGACUACCACUACGGGGACAUCAAGGCCUUGCUCCCCGGGGGGGAAACGCCGUACUGGGAGUGGUACUCCAGUGAGGGCAACGACUUCCCGGUCUACCAGGUGAUGGCGUCGGGCAUGACGACUUCGACAGCGGAGAGGAAUCGGUCUUGCGACACGUUUUACCUAGAUGACGUUGGUCUCCGGACUCACCCAGAGUGCGACCUGGUACAGGACCCCAACUUCGGUCUUCUGCAGGUGGGUUUCGAGGACGGUACCGAGGGAUUCUCCAGCCUGGAGAUGCAGAUCAGGGACUGGAACGGGACCGUGAGGGUAUCCGCAUCGCUUUCGCCAGACAUGUGCAACCCCAGGCAGACGUCGACGACCUGAGCACAACCGUGAUGGCCAUCAUUGCCACCGUCAUCGUCAACUUCGCUGCAGCCUUCGGGGGGGAUGGGAAAAAAAAUGAAGCCGAAAAUUGGAGUUUUUCUUGGCAAAAAUACCCAGCCUGGCGGUCCUCUCUUAAGAGCCGCAGGAAUGUAGUUGGACGUCACCCUGUCAACGAAAUUGUAGGCUUGGUCGACAACGUCUCUUGUAACGGGGGAAACGCAUAACAGUAGACGGGUGGACGUCACCUGUCAAGAAGAAACAGGCUUGGGGCGACAACAUCUCUUGAAACCGCAGAAAUGUUCAAAAGUCUGUGGAUGGGCGUCGGCCGAGAAAGAGGCUUGGGGAGAAGGUGUGGUUGCAAAAGGUUUGCAUUCGUUCUUGCUUGUUGCGGCGUGAGUGUAGUAUUGUGCUUCUCCGUCAGUGUGGCCUGUUUCUGCUUGCCAUCGUAGCAGUCUUUAUCGUCGAGUGAUGUGGCGGCGAAACACGCUUUAAUUAUUCCAUUCUUUUUGUUUGUUCUUCCGAUUACGUUGGCGCUUUCAAGUUUCAAGCCUGCCGUUUUUCCUUGAGCAGAGGUGUCCUAUUUUUGCGCUGAGCCCGCUCAUCCCCAUGUAUGCACUUGGCAAGGCGCGCGCGAUAGGGUGAUAUGAUCAUCGUCUCGUUUCUGGAAUGCGCCUCUGUGACGGUUUUCAUGCCGAUGACGGCUGGGGAGUGUAGUCCUGUUUGGGGAAGAGCGGAAGCUCUCCUCUGAGCUUACCCGAGGAUGCAGCCUGUUGUAAACAGGGAGCACCAACACGUGUACGAUGUGCUUUUGGUAAUUGGUGUCGCAGCUUGCCUCGGGCAACCGUGCUGGUCCUCCAAGAGGUUUCCGUUUUUAUUUAUAGGUGGUGUAGAGAACAGUGAAGGGAUGAAGAUUUGCACAAUAGUAGUGUAAUGAAUCUUGUAGCAUCCUUGGGACGACGGUCAGGGCAAGAAAAGCGCGUAAAGUAUAUGCAUAGUUUGGAUGAACAACGCCUAAUACUCAGUCUGAUGUAGAGGGAACAGACGAGGAUAAGAUUUGCGGUGCUGCGUGCAAAACUACUCAAAUUGGGUUGUUACGGAAUUGGAUAACAACAGAUGUGACAACCAG